AAAAAGGAAAAAAUCUACUACAAUGUAUUCUUAAACCGGUAAAAAAAUCAGUUCACCCAACGAACCAACUUCCAAGUAGGAGUCCAAAUCAAAGAUUCUUUUAGGAGUAUAAAUGUACCCUCACGUCAGAAUCUUAACAUAACUCUUUCCCCUUUUCCUGUCUCUCUUUCACCUUUCUUCUCCAUCGAUCUUACGUACCUCCAAUAAACUUCUUAUUUAAAUCAAGAAAAAUUCCAAGAAUCUUGCGUCAGACAAAUGUCUCCUAGUUUAAUCUAUAGAAACAGAGUUCUCUGUUUUGUUUUAGUAUUGUUCUGUUUCCCCCAACGUUUUGCCGCCCGAAACCUACCGGAGGAACAAGAACCAUCCACCGCAAAAGCAACUCAAAUAAUCCACGUCAGCAACAACACGUGGCAUGAUUUCUCUCGUCUCGUAGACGUCCAGGUUGGUAGCCACGUCAGCGGCGUGUCCGAGCUCAAAAGGUACCUCCACCGUUUCGGUUACGUGGGUGAUGGCUCAGAAACUUUCUCCGACGUGUUCGAUGGUACUCUCGAAUCCGCAAUCUCUCUGUACCAAGAAAAUCUCGGUUUACCGAUAACCGGGAGACUCGACACGAGUACCGUCAGUCUCAUGUCGUUACCGCGAUGUGGCGUUAGCGAUACGCACAUGAUCAUCAACGACGAAGGUAUCCACACAACGGCGCAUUAUACCUAUUUUAACGGUAAACCGAAGUGGAACCGCGACACGCUAACCUACGCUAUAUCGAAAACACACAAACUCGAUUACUUGACGUCAGAAGACGUCAAAACCGUUUUCCGGCGAGCUUUUUCGCAUUGGGCAAGCGUGAUUCCGGUGAGUUUCGAAGAAGUCGAUGACUUCACGACGGCGGAUUUGAAGAUCGGGUUCUACUCCGGGGAUCACGGUGACGGGCUUCCGUUUGACGGUGUUCUCGGGACGUUAGCACACGCAUUCGCGCCGGAGAACGGGAGGCUUCACUUUGACGCGGGGGAGACAUGGGUCGCCGACGAUGACUUUAAACGAUCUCCCGAGGUGGCCGUCGAUUUGGAGUCUGUGGCGACUCACGAGAUUGGUCACUUGCUGGGGUUAGGACAUAGCUCUCAAGAGUCGGCGGUUAUGUAUCCGAGUCUCCGGCCGAGGACUAAAAGAGUUGACCUUACGGUUGAUGACGUGGCAGGUGUACUGAAGUUAUAUGGCGCGAACCCAAAAUUACGGUUGGAUUCACUUACGCAGUCGGAAGAUUCUAUUCAAAACGGCUCCGUAUCACUGAGAUUCUUGUCGGGGAAUUUUAUCGGAUAUGUUCUGUUGGUUGUUGUUUUUAUUCUGUUCCGAUAGGUUUAUAGGACAUAAAAAAUACUGUUUUUAUUUUUUUAAUUUAUUUAUUUAUAACGAAAUGUACAUAGAUAAUUUAAAGGUUUUUAGGAAAAGGAUAUUUUUAUGAUGGCUUUCUCUAAGGGAUUAUUAUUACUUUGA